AGCACCCAGCUGCCGCAGUUCCUAGCAGCUGCAGGCUACCGCCGCAUUGCGGUCACGCAGCCGCGCCGCAUCAGCGCUGUGUCACUGGCUCGGCGGGUGGCGCUGGAGGCUGGCGACACGCACGGGGCGGAGGUGGGGUACAAGGUGCGGUUCAGCAGCAGCGUUGCAGCCGACAGCCGCAUUGUGUUUUGCACGGAGGGCAUCUUGCUCCGGGAACUGGCGGGGGACCCCACCCUGUCGUCGUACGACGUUAUCGUUCUGGAUGAGGUCCACGAGCGCCACCUCACCACCGACUUCCUGCUGGCGCUGCUGCGCGCCCUGCUGCUGCAGCGCCCCGAGCUGCGACUGCUGCUCAUGAGCGCAACCAUCAACUGCGCGGCCUUCGCAGAGUACUUUGGAGGCUCGCCGGUGGUGCAGAUCCCCGGGCGGUUGUACCCCAUUCAGCUGGUCUACAUGCCGCCCGAGAUGACCCAGGGGUCGGCGGAGGGAGACGCCAGGAGGCG